UUCACUCUCAAUGACAUGGCUUUUUGGGGGCUGAUGACCCCUUUGGCCUUGCUUUGUAGGGACAAAGGGGACUCUGAGAGGCGCCCGAUGGGGGUGCUGGGGGACACCUGCUCGGACCUUUGGCCUUUGGCUUGUGGGGUGCCGCAAGGCUCGAUUCCUUCCCCCAUGUUAUUGGACAUCGACAUGAAACCGCUGGGUGAGCUCAUCCAGAGCUUUGGAAUUUGGUGCCAUCUGUGGGCAUGUUUCCAUGGGAGCAUUGGGGUCUUCAUUUCCCUGAUCAAGAAAGAAGAGCAAAAGGUUAAACAUGAACCUGCAAACUUCCUUUAUUUCCAAGAUGAUCCUCUUUUCCAUUCAGUGCUCGUGUUGAAAAUUGAACUACCCAGAAAUGGAGAUAUGAAGGGUCUCAAGGACACACAGAAACAAGCAAAGGCCACAAGGGAUCCCAGGUCCGUCUCCUGUGCAUCCCAAAUUGGACCUCUGCUGCCACCACAUUUCCUACAUCUCUCAAAGGAACCCCAAAUUCCCAAGGAAUUUCCUCUGUUGUGGGGAAAGGCUUUUCAGCAGGUGAAGGUGAUUGAGAGAAACACGGGUUAUGUGUACAAGGUUGUAGGAACGUGUCUGCAGUAAUCUAAGCCAUUAAAUCCCAACCUAGGUAAGAACGGCACCCACUUUGUCCAGUCCUGUCCUGGAAGAUGCCUCACAAAUGCCUUACUGAGCAUGAGCAAUUUACUAAGUUUAUCACGUGCCUUGGCACGUUAUAAAACCAUAUUUCACCAUACUGAAUUAGUUCACCAUCAUAAUACCCACUGCCUGCCUUGCACUUUAGUUGGCUCAGACCCUAUACCUAUGCUGUUCAUGCACCCUCUGCACUUUAAU